UUAGGAAUUGCUUUAGGUGGUUGACUAUUUCGAAGCAAGAUCUUAAGCAAUAUACUAACCGUUGACAGCUGUAGGUUUUUAUAAGACAUUAAGAUACUAAUUUAGUCAUUAUUUCCUAACUGCCCUAUUUUUUAAACUGGUGUUUCUUUAACUCUUUGUCAUUUACACAUUUGAACUGAGGCAACUGUGUUACCACAUGCCGACUGAGAGAGACGAGUGUCGUCCUGAUUGGUUGUUGGUGUCGAGGAGAGGUGGAGUUGAAUGCGGGUUGGGACGGCUGAAGGCUGCAGCUGUUAGCUCAGCGCGUGGACAGAUCUUGGCGAGGAUCGCACGACACGAUGGCCGGGCCUGAGCUGCUUUUAGAUUCCAGUAUUCGCUUGUGGGUCGUGUUGCCCAUUGUUUUCAUCACGUUUUUCGUCGGAGUGAUUCGCCAUUAUGUGACCCAAUUGCUGCACUCAGAAAAGAAAGUGGAGUUGGAGCAGGUGUCUGACAGCCAAGUAUUAAUUCGAAGCCGGAUUUUGCGAGAGAAUGGAAAAUACAUUCCCAAACAGUCAUUUGCCAUGCGAAAACACUACUUCAAUGAUCCAGAAACAGGAUUUUUUAAGAAAACCAAGAGAAAGGUUGUUCCGAAAAAUCCAAUGACAGAUCCUAGCAUGCUUACAGAUAUGAUGAAGGGAAACUUGACCAAUGUUCUUCCCAUGAUUCUAAUUGGUGGAUGGAUUAAUUGGGCUUUCUCUGGAUUUCUUACAACAAAGGUCCCAUUCCCACUGACACUACGCUUUAAGCCAAUGCUGCAACGAGGAAUUGAGCUUCUGUCCCUUGACGCUUCUUGGGUAAGUUCAGCUUCCUGGUAUUUCCUGAAUGUGUUUGGUUUGCGGAGUAUGUACAACUUAAUUUUGGGACAGGAUAAUGCUGCAGAUCAGUCGCGGAUCAUGCAGGACCAAAUGACUGGUGCAGCUAUGGCGAUGCCUCCAGAUCCCAACAAAGCCUUCAAGGCUGAGUGGGAAGCCCUGGAAAUUGUGGAUCAUCAGUGGGCACUGGAGAACAUUGAAGAUGAGCUUAUUGCUCGGGAUCUGAAUUUUGAAGGCAUUUUUGACAAGGAACCGAAAAGGUCCAUGUUUUGAAGUCCCAGUUAAUAAGAUCAGUCCUACCAGAGACCUUCUGCCAGUCUCGACUCACACUACAGAUAGCAGACAAGAGAACAGUCUUUUAACAUUUUUUGAAAUUAAUAGGUGCCAAACAUUUAAGGUAUUCUUACAAAAAAAAAAAAACAAUUUUGGCAUGUGGCUCUUGUGGGAGUAUUACAAGGAUGAAAUUUGAAGUAUUAGGACCACAACAACCUUUGUUUUGAAUGCCAUGGAGACAUGCAAUGCCUACCUUCAUCAAGAACAGGCAGAGACCCGUCAUGCAGAAUAAAAUGGUCUGGUCAGCGUUUGAGGGGCGUGCAGCCUUCCUUACUGAUGUGGCCUGCAUUAAAGAUACUGGUUUAAAAAAUUUUUUUUUUGGCUGUGUUCCUAAACACACAUGUGGUGUGGCUCCUGGAGGUUACUACUGUAUGUAUUGACAAAUAAAAAGUAUUUAUUGAGUUACGGUA